AUGCACACACGCUCAGACAACUGGGAUCCAUCAAUAGAAAUAGCAAAAGAUCCGAUCUUCGUCACUGCCGCGAUUAUUGCUGGCCGCCAGCUUCCGCUUCUUGGAAUUAUGCUUUAUGAAUCCUUCUACUCAUCUUACAUUUUUGAUCUGUGCACACAAUACCAUAGCGCUGAAAGAAACUCCCGGAGGCGGUUGGAAACUACCGGCCAAUUCAAGGCCAGUCUUGAGCAGUACGACGCCAUUUUUGAGCAGCUUCUGUACAAAAAGGACGCGAUGAAGUCUAUUAAUUCCAUGAAAAUCAUCAACCUCUUCGAAGGAUCCAGAACUUCCAAGCCCAGACGGUUCUCCCUCUCGCAAAAUCUGGGUUCUUCUGUGAAUUUUGGCAUUCCAGGACAAAAAGCCGAGUAA